CUCCUCCCACAACCUUAUACCCGGACAAUCACCCGCGAAGCUCUUUCGCCCACCGGUCAUCCUGCAUCUUAAUCCUUGUUAACCUUCAUCAGUCCGUGCGUAGCCCGUGUUCAGUGCAAGAUGCCGAAGGCGCCAAGACGUGUCGUCGGCAAUCCGGUCGAUAGUCGCUUCGGUCGGCCGCGCAAAUCGUGCGAUACGUGCUAUUCCCGCAAGAUUAAAUGUAUCGAAAUCACUGGCUCAGACCAAUGUGAAUGGUGCAUGGAUCAAGAGUUACCAUGUACCGUUCCCCCGAAAGGUUCCCGGCGCCGGAAAAGUAAAACGAAAGCAGGGUCCAGUACAACACCAGAGAGUGUUGAUACUAAUCCUGCGCGUGCAAGUGAAGAUAUCCAAGAAGAGAAAAGCGCCACAGUCACUGUUCAAGAAGAGCGUCGUUUGCCGCUCAGUCAAUUACUGAAUCCACCUGAGCCGACAUCUCCAGAUGAAUCUCCUAGGCAGGAAAGACUGAAGAAUCUCUUUCGAUACUACGGGAUCCCUCUUUUCUCCACCACAGCCCAAGACUGGAUUCGCAGUCACUGCCAACCAUCGAAUACUCUCAGCAAUUUGUCUUCUUUGAGCCUGCCAUGGAUCAAUCGGCAGGAUAGACCUGCAUUCGCUUCGCAGAAGUCAAUUCCCUCUGAUAUAGAAGCGACGACAGUUUAUCUACCCGACCGUUUCAUCACAGAGGCAUGCGUGGCUCUGUAUAAGUGUGGCAGAACCGGCCUUUUCUACCCACUUGUCGAUGCUGAUGCGUCAACCAAUAUAAUAAAAACAGCCUAUUCUUCCGCCGACAAGCAACAGCCGGAUGUUAUCACUGCCCGAGCAUUCGUCUUUUCCUUUGUUGCAUUCUGCUCAUCGGCAGGCCAUAGCGAAGAGAUGACAUACCCAGUCGACGGUGGGACAUGCGCUUUAGCAGCAAGACGAUUACUUCACGCGGUAGAUAAUGAACCGCCAUCUUUGGAAGCUUUGCAAACAACAGUAUUCCUGGUACUCUACCAUUGCUUCGAAGGCUGCCUAUGGGCUGUAAGAGGAGUCUUGCGCAUUGCGUCCCACCUGGUCAAAGACCUUGCUCCGGGCAUGGGAUUCUUCCAGCCGCCCUCUUCUGAUCGCAGCACCAUUUUCCGCAAUCUCUUUUGGAUUUGUUUCUUGAUCGACAAAGAGCUUUUUCUUCGGUUAGGGGAGACACCUCUACUCCCUGCUGAAUCGUGCGUUCCGUCUGACCACGGGGAAAGUCCCUUCCGCCAUCUCUCACGAUUAUUGCCAUGUGUUCCUGGCGUCUACACCAGCACAUUUCAUCUAUCGAUUCUGAUGUCAAAAAUAUACUCGGAACUCUACGCACCAGAAGCCGUGGGGAAAAGCGAUAUCGCGAUCUUAAGAACGAUUCGCGCUCUUGACGAUGAGCUGGAAGAAUGGCGACUGAAUAUCCCAAAGGACAUUCGACCGACAAUUCAUGCCUCGAACCAACCCGCCAACUUGCAAUCUGAUGUUGAUGUACUUAUCAUGCAUCUCAAGUUCCACAACUGCUUAGGGUGCAUCCACCAGGCAGUAAGUCGCUGUCAAUCUUGGUCGGGAGAGGCUGGACCAGUGAAAGAAGCCCUCCGAUCGAGCCUGAAUGUGUCUACCCAGGCGAGCGCAGCGUCUUUGGAACUUAUGCGGGCUAAUCCACUAACGCUCAACCGGGAAUGCUUCUGGCUACUUUGCUUUUAUCCCCUAUCCGCUCUCUUAAACCUUUUCUGCAAGAUUGUCGCGGAUACCUUCGAUUGCGAGAGUCGCCUUUACCUUAGUAUCAUCAAACGCAUUCCUGAAUACUUCCGAGAGGUGGACACUCGCCACGUUACCGCCAUUGAAAAGGAACAUCUGCAUCUGAUGAUCCUGUUUAGUACAGAGUUACUCGCUCUCGCGGAGCAACAGGUAUCCGAGAGUUGAGCUCUGGACAGUGAUACCAUGACCCAUCGAUUCGUGGGAUGAGACAGAAGCAAACAUACUCACAUACACACAUACUCCAGAACAUCACCCGAUCAUACUCAUAUUCAAGCCACCGGGUUGCUGACAACAAUUAUCUCUCCCACCCUCCUAGACGCUUAACAUCAGAUGCGGCAGAGUCUAUGUGAUACUUACA